AUGGCCCGAGUCGCGGUUGGCCAACUGACCUCGACGGCCAGCAUGGCUCACAACCUAGCACAGUGUCGGGUACUUGUCAGAAAAGCAGUGCAGUCUGGGGCGAAGGCUCUCUUCCUCCCCGAGGCAAGCGACUACAUCGCCAGCUCUGGGCCCGAAACCGUCAGCCUCGUGAGACCUAUCGACAGGAGCGAGUUUGUUCUCGGCCUUCGCGAAGAAGCACGUCGAGAGAAGUUGCCCAUCCACGUCGGUGUUCACGAACCGGGGCUGAACGCGGCCAAGGUCAAGAAUACAUUGUUGUGGAUCAAUGAGCUGGGCGAGAUCACACAGCGGUAUCAGAAAAUCCACCUCUUUGAUGUGGAGAUCAAGGAUGGGCCCGUGUUGAAGGAAAGCAAUUCCGUCGAAGAGGGGGCCGAAAUACUCCCACCGUUCGAUACCCCAGUUGGAAAGGUCGGCGCGACAAUAUGUUUUGAUCUUCGGUUCCCCGAAAUCGGCAUUGCCCUGAAACGACAGGGUGCUGAUAUCAUCACAUACCCAUCUGCCUUCACCGUUCCAACCGGUAAAGCUCAUUGGGAAGUGCUACUCCGAGCGCGCGCUAUUGAGACGCAGUCGUAUGUCAUUGCCGCUGCACAGGUCGGCCAACACAACGAGAAACGUGUCAGCUACGGUCACAGUAUGAUAGUGGACCCGUGGGGGGUAGUGCUCGCCGAGCUGGGAGACACCGCCGACGAACCAGAGAUCGCCACGGCGGAGAUCGACCAUGAGCUGCUCCGCAAAGUGAGGACGGAGGUGCCGUUGCGGAGGCGCAUAGAUGUGUAUCCGGAGAUUUAG